CUGUCGUCGGCGGUUAUAUUUUUACUCUGUGGAUAUAUUUGAUAGCGGCAUUGCUGGUCAAAUGCGGUUACGUGUCCCGUUUAAUUCAUGCUGUAUUGAAAGUUGAGUAUGGAAGACUAAUUAUUGAUAAUUCAUGGUAGUUUUAUUUUUAACGUGAAUUGAGACUGUUGCUGUAUGCAUCGUGCCGAUUCCUUUUAUUUGAGUGUUGUGUUAUUCCCAUAUACAUUUUAUUAGACGAGCAAAUGUUCGCAUGCUUAUGGAAUAUGGUAAUGAAAAAUGAUUUGAAGUACUGAGGGUGUCAGUUAUUAAUGGCCGUAGUGUCAGAAAAAGAGACCCGACUGUUGAAAGGCCUUACAUCUAUUGUAUGCAAUAAGUACAUAUACCAAAUACAAUGAGUGAAAAAAGUGUUCGGAAAAUGAUAACCCGAUUUCAUCCCGAUCAUGGAGGAAACAUAAUUCUAUAUGAUGAUAAUACAGUAGCUUAUCGCAAAGCAAGUUUUGCAAAUGCCCUUACGUUUAGUGAGAAGCCUUUACUUCCAGGAGAAAUUUUUCUGUUGGAAAUUGAGAAGAAUGAAAGAGGUUGGAGUGGACAUAUGCGUUUGGGUUUGACGCAGUUGGAUCCUGAAGCAGCUGCUGCAGGUGUGGGUGGUUUACCUGAGUAUGCGUUACCAGAUCUUGCUAACAUGGGAACAUCAUGGAUCUUUGCUAUCACAAAGUCUCAUAAUAAUGUUUAUGAAUAUGGAAGUGUAACAGAAAGCUCAAGGCCUGAAGAGGCAGAUCAUAGGGUCUUGGGUGAUGGGCAUAAUGUGCGUACUUCACGGGGUUCCAUACCCCGUAGUCUUCUACGUCCUUCACCAUCUAGCCCUGCUGAAGAUAUUCUUCCAACAGAUGUUGGUAGUCGAAUAGGUGUGGUUUAUGUUCCAAGCUCUAAUUAUGGUAAAGGAGACUAUGCUGAAAUGCACUUCAUUAUUAAUGGUGAAGAUCAAGGGCCCUGUACAAAGGAUAUCCCUUAUAAGGAAGGUCCUUUACAUGCAGUUAUUGAUGUUUAUGGAACAACAAAGCAAGUGAGAAUAGUUCAGCUUUAUGAAGUGCCAACAUUGCAGAGUGCUUGUCGUGAUGCUAUCCUUCAGCACAUCACAAAGACAGCUGUUUCAUCUCUUCCUCUACCUAAGAUGCUCAAAGAAUAUCUUUUGUACCAGUCUUGAAUUGUUGAUUUUUUUUUUUGCAUUCUGUUGAGUGGUACUGAGUUGUGUACAUAGGUGAAUUCUGUUCUUUCGUUUUAAUUUACAUUUUGGAAACAGCAUAUGUGAGUGAAACUAGUCACUGGAGAUUUACAUUCAUGAUAGGCCUAACUGCCAAGUAAAUGGAAGGAAAUGUGUAUGCUAGAGUGGUGCAAUGUGAGACAGUAGAUUGUGGUUAGAGAGCUGAUGUUAUUAAUUACUUUAUUCCUAAGUUGAAUAAAAUCAGUAACAGAGCUUAAUAAUUUUUUGAGGUGACAUGCACAUGGCUUCAAAUGCUCAGCAAGAUUGAAUUUGGAAGCACAGAAUGUGACCUGUUAAAUUGUAUCUACAUUUUUGUUUAGUGUCCAUUAAAUAAAUAUUUAUUAUCACUCACUCA